AUGACUCCAACGGAAGAACCAUCGCCAAGACUGUUCCUGAACCCGCUCCGCAUCCGGCUGCUAGCCCGCCCGUCCUCGCGCUCGCAGAUCCAACCUGCGGCCUUGGUGAGCCGCAACAAGCAGCUUGAUGCUCCAACCAAGCUUCCCGAGGCGUGUUCGGCCCUUGGAUCCAGGCUGGGACAUGCUGGCAAAAUUCAUACCCUUGCCGACUCCAUCGAUCCCUGUUUCGGCGCGGCACCGUCCGCCGCGGGUCCUGUCAUUCAUCCUACCCCUGAUACAGCUGACGGCGAGAGCUUGGGCCCGUCCAUCAUGCACACCCACGACAUGUCGGCCGGUUCUAGCAAGGACAGGGGAGGUAACAAUGGAGACGACGGCACCCGUGGCUUCCGAUUCGGCGAUAAUGGUGGCAGCGACGGCAGCGGAAGAGGCGGUGAUUUCUUCCCCGGCGGCGGAAGAGGGAAUUUCGACAAAAUUAACGGAGGCCGCGGGAACGGGAAUGGGAAUGGAAAUGGAAACGGAAAUGACAAUGGCAAAGGCGGCGACAAUGGGGACGGCAACGGCAACAGCAACGACGGCGACAAUGGGAACGACAGAGACUCCGGAGGAGGACAUCGUAAGAUAGGAGACGGUUCCGGGUUUGGAGGAGACAGAGACAGAAAUGGCCGCAACGGAGACGGUGACAACAGCCCGAUAGCAAGCAGUCCGGCCGGGACGUCUCCCACAACAUCAGGUCCAACGUCCGACCAAACAUCACCCCUGCCGACGACAGCAUCCGCUGAAUCCAGCGAUUCCUCAGCGGUGCCCGCCUCGAUAACAACCAAACCAUCCAGCACAACCAGCCCUGACGUGAUCCUCCUGCAGCCCGGUGUAACGACAUCUCCUACGACCCAGGCGGGCUUGACUACUAGCUCAUCCCUCCCUUCCUUGACAUCGGCCGAUACAGCAAGCUCAACGAGCGCCUCUGGCUCGACGGGAGCGGUAGCGUCCCCGGAUACUGCUUCCGAGGUUGAACCAUCUGCUUCUUCGGGACCAACCGAGACACCGGCUCCCGACUCUACGCCGUUUGGGAGACCAUUCGGGUUCGGGAACGGAAGAGGCCCCAAUAACAACCGCUUCCAGUCGUCCGAAGUGGGGAUGGACGCAACGGCCGAGCGGGCACUGAUCUCGGUGGGCUCAAUAGGGGGCUUCAUCCUUGUGUGCUUUCUCGUUUGGCUGGUCUGGAGGGCAAUGAGGAGGUCAAGGCGGGGUGCCGAUGCUGGCAGCUCUCCAAGAGGAAUUGCUCGCAGAAUUCCAUUCCUCAGACGAGGGAACUGGCAGAGCUUGGGAGACUCGGCGAUCACCCAGUCACGGCCACCAAGCUACCGCGAGAAGCCCGGUAGCUUCCGCGCUCCCUCGGCAAAGGGCUUCUAUGCGCCGGAGAAGGUGCAGCAGCCACAGGAAGCUUGGCCGCCGAGAACUGUCCAGGGCUUCGUUGCAGAACCGGAUCCGGUUCUGUCCAGCAAUGCGUACCAGCAGCCACAGUCCGAUCCCAACAACAUGUACCCGGCGAGGAACCCCCUUACUCUCGUCACAACCAUGACCAAUCCGCCGGCGCUCUCCCAUCAACCGCAGGAAUCGUUCAGCUCUACCAACGCUGCUCACUUCGGAGCGUUAAUGUCGGGCGACCAGCAAGGUGGCCUGUUCCAAACCGACGUCUCACCCGUCUCCUAUUACAACCCAACCCUCAUGACGCAACAGUUCACGGCCCCCUACCAGCCCAUCUACCGCCAACCCAGCCGCGCCAUGAGCGAGGUAUCCUCGCUCUCAUCAGGCUUCGGAGACGGCGAGCUGAUGGUCACGAACCCGCCGGUGGUCAGCCGUCCCGCGCCGACCGCAGCCCCCGGCGGCGGCGGCGGCGGCGGCGGGGCCCCGCAGCACCUGGCCCGCUUCUCGUGGAUGGCGCAGGCGCAGGAGCCCGCCGGCGGAGCGCCGGAGCUGCGCAGGAGCCCCAGUAGCGCCGGGCGGCGCGAGACCGUCUACACGGACGCGAGCGAGGACCGGCCCGCGCGCUUCCGCAGCGUCCGGUCGUGGGUCGACCAGCAGACUGGGCGCAUCCGCCGCGCGCAGCGCCGGCUCCAGGACGGAGACCAGGGCGCACCGCCGCCGCCGGGCAACCCGGGCAUUCCGGGAAUACCGAACCCGCCGGAGGAGCAGAACCUGCGGUUGAUGAUGGACGAUGAUGAGAAGCCGAGGAGGGUGGAGGAUGUCAUGGGCUUGGGAACGGGGUUGGGGUUGGGUGGGAAGACGCCUGAGACGGGCUAA